GCACCCAAGGCGGUUUUGGCUUCCCAGCAUCCACUGCUCCUGCAAGCACCCAAGGCGGUUUUGGCUUUCCAACAUACACAACUCCUGCUUCAACUUCCACCUUUUCCAGCAGUAAAGUUGGUGCUUCAUCUCAGUUUGGAACGCAGAGUUCUCCAUUUGGAGCUCAGCCAACACCAAUAGUUGGGAACAAUGCCUCCAGGCAGUCAGCUUCUGGGAGCCACCAGGGGCAUGGAAGUAGAGUGGUUCCUUACACAGCAUCUAUUGAUGCAGAUAGUUUUAGUGCUGCCUCUCCUAUCAAAAUACAUUCAAUAUCAGCAAUGCCAAUUCAUAAGCAUAAAUGUCAUGAGGAACUCAGAUGGGAAGAUUAUCAAUUGGGGGAUAAAGGUGGAGCGAUUCCUCCCGGUGGGAGCUCUAAACAUACCACACAGUCAUUUGUUCAGAAAGAAAAACGUGCUUCCUUUUGUCCGUUUGGAUGUCCAUUUGCUCAAACAUCUUCAAGUACUUUUAAUACCUCAACUUCAUCUCCAUGUGCUGAAAGAUCUACAAGUUUAUUUGCUCAACCAUCAUCAAAUCCAUUUGGUCCGCGACCAUCUCCAAGUCCAUUUGGUGCCCAGCCAUCUUCAAGUACAUUUGGUGCCAAACCAUCUUCGAGUACAUUUGGCCCUCCACCAUCUUCAAGUUCAUUUGGUGCCCAACCAUCUUCAAGUAUAUUUGGUCUUCCACCAUCUUCAAGUCCAUUUGGUGCAAUUUUUGGGAAUUCUACUUUUGCACCUUCAUCAUUUGGGCAAACUUCAUCUCCAAAUCCCUCUUGGUUUAUGCCUUCACAAGUGUCUGAGCCGGUCGAAACUAGUACUUCCCCCUUCCACAGCAAUCUAACAAAUACAGCAGGUUCCUCGCCUAGCUUUUACUAGACAUGUGAUCAUGGAGGUACCAUUUUGAUGAAGUCUCAGGCGGUAGUAGCAGAUCUCGUGGAAGGAAGAAGUAUCGUGUUAUUGUCAAUGUGCUAUAUAAAGCAUAUAUAUUAGG